CUUUAAGGCGCGAAGAUUUGUGUGUUAUCUGUUCUUGUGAUUCUUCAUAUGAUUGUUCGAUAAGCCUAACAUGGUUACAGCUGUUCAGCCAAUGUUUGGUCUUUUAAAACGACUCCACCUACAUCCAAUGGAAAAUGCUUUAAAUGAAUUAAGUCCACAAACUUCCCUUCUGCAAUCUAUAAAGUUUAAAGCCCAGCCAUUUCUGUUUCGUAAAACCAAAUCUGAAGAAAUACGACGUAGUCACGACAGUAUGGGCCAGAAGAGACCAUCACCUUACCUUUCUAACACGGACCUGAAAACUGCCAAACGUUCCCGCCGUGUUACGAAAUUAACUGAUAAGAUCGUAAAUCCUGUGGAUGUAAACUUUAAACCUAAUUAUGAGAACUCAAGCAUAAAUUAUUCAACUUUAUCUCCUGGGGUAACCCCAUCAAAUCCACCGAUCUUUCCAUCUCCUACUUCAAUCAAUUCCCCCAACCUUUCUGUAUCAAAUGUUUCAUAUUCUUUACGCAUCCCGAACUCUAGCGAAACCCCAGUAAUUUCUCAUCCGAAAUAUCUGUGCCUCCAAAACUCCCCGCACCCAGUUUGCCAGUAUCGAUCCCAAGUUACUCCCGUCGUUAGAACUAAUCCCACAGAGUGCCAGACACGUAUUUCUACACGUAGUACGGAUUCAUUAUUGGAUGAAAAUCAUUUUGUGAUUGAAGAGGAAAUACCCACUACUUCUAUUUGUGCAAAGGACUCCCUCCAUUUAAAUAAAAUAACUGGCCAUCUUAGUGGACAGAAUCUUAAGGAUGUUCGAUACGUGAGUCGCUCACGUAAUACCAGCAGAUUGUCUCCUGUAUCUUCAGUAUCUAAAAGAUAUGGUAAUUCGGAUGAUAACAAAUGUGAUGUGAAGUUGAAAAACAAAGAUAAAGUUAUGAUUGUAUACAAGGAACCACCAAAGCGUCGGAAAUCUAUUGAUCAGCUCAUUGAACCUUCGAUUCAUGGAUUACCAGAUCCUGAAAUUUCCACUAAACCUCGUACACGAAAACCAACUCAAUUUUUACAACUUAAUGCACAAACUACUGAGUCUUCGUGUAAUGAUCGAAAGCCUGCCUAUCUCACUACUCAGUCAUAUUAUUAUGUACCAGAUUUUACUAACCGUCAUCCCCGAAGUCCAGAAACUGUCCAAGUUCAUGUGAUAGAGCCGAGAGGUAUACCAAAGAUGUCCAAUUCAGCUGUUCUUAUUGAGGUUCCUAGCUGGCGUGUUAUACCUAUCCCAGGUGUCGAGAUCUAUAUGGAUUGUUCUUGUGGGACAAAACAUUCCAAAUCAUGCCCCAAAAAACACCCAGACAGACGAAAACUAACAGAUACGGAUACUCUUAAAUCAUGUAAUCUCCGCGCCUUACGAUCCAGCUUACUGACUAUUAACUCUGUCCAUUCAAAUAAAAAUUAUCCAACUCCAGAACUUAAGUCAAAACCCAGGUCUAGAUCUUCCCAGACACAAAAAGAGCAUUACCAAGUUGGAGAGCCUAUCAAAUCAGUUGGCGUUUUGAAUGAAAACAUAUCAGACCCAGCAUUCCUUGCUCGCCAUUCGCGUUUGGAAAUUGAGGAAGUUCGUCACGAACGCUUAUCUCGCCAACGUACUGCAGAACAAGAACUAAAGCAACGUUUGGAAGAAAGGGAUCAAGCCAGCUGGCAUAAGAGACAACCUGGUCGUUUGGAUCCACUUCUGAAGUAUAGACCAGCUAGUCGGAUGCCGACUCAGCUAAGCUACGCACUCAAGGAAGGACAUCAAUUUCACAUAGACAACUCUAUACCGGUGGUCGCAUUCGGUUGUCGUGUGCCAAUAGCCUCACUAAAGUAAGUGAUUGAUACUUGUUCUCAUAAUUCGGCUAAUACCUUAUACUUUAUACAUUGUUUUCCUUUUUUAAUAGUUUUACAACUAUAACUGGUUGUGUUGUUGCAACAAUUUCUGACACUAGUUGUGAACAGUUGACUGCAAUCUAUGGUCAUCAAAUAAAAAGAUUGUCGAAAAAUAACUGAUAGCUGCUAACUUAUCAUCCACGGCUGAAUAAAAACGAUUACUUGUGCGAAAUACAACGAGUGAAUGUGUCUGUCGUAUUUGAUGUAGUCCACUUAUAAUCUUGGAUCACUAGUUUCUAUCAUCUAGAGACUCUUCUCCAAAAACCUGCAUUUCCCUAUAAAUAAAAAAUCGUAGAUUGAUCCUAUGGUUAGAUUAAUAUCAACGUUGACAAGAGUUACUGACCAGUCGAAAAAUGAUGCAUGGAAUAAAUCAAUUUCUGGAAGUUUUAUAAAGAUUUCAGUGUAAUCUAUACUUCAUGUUCAUCUUUUCUUUUUUAUUGAUAUCGUAUUCAGUACUUUGAAAUCAUUGUUGUAAUGGAAAUAUAAAUAUCAGGGACUGUUUAUUGAUUGACUUGGCCAUUAAUUUCCUCUCACUGUUGAAGUAGUAGUACAUAGUUAUGCAAUAUCGUAUGUCAUUGGCUGCCGUACAGCCAAACAAAAUACGUGGGAUUCAGAUCACGACAGGUAGAAAUCUUGUAUAUGGAAAGAUAGUUGCAUAUUCGUGGUUCCAGUUCAAGUGGUGAGGUGUCACAUUCAUUAUUCAGUAUUCGGUGUCAACAGUCUCUACAAACUAUUCACCAUUGAUUCAUAAAUUUUAAUUUAUGAACCAUAACUUAGGGCGACUUGUCUUCAUGGACUUUAACUCAACCUUACCGUUUUAAUGAUAGUGCUUUUAAUUAUGUUACUAAACAUUCGAACCAAGUAGGUUUAGGGGGACACCUUAUUCAGCAAUGUCGGUAUAUUUAUUUAUUUGAACACAUAAACAUUGGUACAAGAGAGCGCCAAUAUAUAUGCGCCACACAAAACAGUGAGAAUUCGAGGAGAAAGAAAAAAAGGUAAGGAGCGUGAAAAAAGAGAACAAUAACGAAGAGGUUGGUGUAAGGUAGUGUAGUAAUAAUAAUAGUAAUAAUGAGGGAACGGAAAGGUACAAUCAGAAGAAAUCUUUCAGUUAAGGGAGACACAACCACUUUUUAUGAAGAAAGUAAAAGAAGGUUACAGCAGGAUCGCCACUGGCUUCUAUUCUGAGCCAUAUCUAAUAACGUCUCUAGCCACUGUGUAGCACCAUCUAUCGGACCCCAACAAGGGAGUCGUGAAGGGCCGACAGAAGCCAGUCCUUUGCAGCUUUUUUUCAUACCAUGACACCAUGUCAUCACUGACCACCUCUCCGCUUCUUCCAACCAGUCUCAGAGUCGGCAAAUAAUGCACGACGUGGAAUUCUCUGGGACGACAUUCGUAGAACAUGUCCAAGCCACCGAAGUCGGUGUUUCAAGAUGGUGACAUCGAUUGCAAUGUCGGUAACUGUAAUAUUUGUGAAGAAUUUAAUCUUUAUAGCUUUUGGACAUCCAUCAUCGCGCUUUUUAUUUUUCUCUUUAUAGACCGUUCACAAAGUUCAGCAUUCAAUAAAUUCGCACUAAAGUCAGGUUAUUCAUAGCAUGUAUAGUCUUUCGUUUUAACUUUUGAAGCUUUUCACAUUGUAUAUAUUAGCUUUUGUUACACUAUUGUUCCUACGAUUUAUCCUUCCAUCAUCAGUUGGCUAAGUGCUUGAUUCCUGUUAUCUACUCUCACAAAUACAAUAUACUGACCCUAAAGGUGCUCCCUUUGAAUUUUUUCUUUGUUAAUAUCAAAUUCAUUUUCAUCCUUGGACUGGCGUUAUUAUUAUUUGAUUAAAUCAUCCAUAUAUCUGUUUUUCGAUAAGGUUCAUUUUCUAAAUGGUACUAUAUUUAAAAAAAAAUUACGAAUCAAACUUUAUGUUAUUGUAAUUCAGUAGUUUAACUUCAGCUAUUUUAAGCGCUACGAGAAACGCUUUAAAUAAUCCACUUAAUAAGUUUGUCGUAAUGACCGUAAAGCUCUGUAUAGAAUUCCACAUGUCUUUUACGCUAGUUUUUCUUCCAGCUUACUACACUAUCUAAAUACAUGUAUGCAUUUCUUUUCAUAUAAAAGAUCUGUAUUUAUAA